UUUCAGUCAAUCGGACCACCUCCAACUGACACCGCUUCGUUUUCUCGAGCCGCACAACCGAUUCAUUUGUGGAAAAACGCCUUUUGCGACCACUUCAACCAGAAGGAUCGUGAGAUUACUGACAAAUCCAGUGAUGAGCAACAACUAUUUCUGGAGCCCACGAUUGAUAAUCUGGUCGCUCAAAGAGAAAAGGACUUGGAAGUUUACAUUAAACAGAGAAAGGAUCGACAAGCAGCAGAGGCACGAGCGGCACAGAAAGUGACAUCCAUUUAA